AGGCCCCUGAAUAUACAUAUCCGACGCAACUCUGCUUUCGGGCUUCGCACGUAAUCUCUCCAUCCCUCUCCCAUCUCUUUUGGCCUCUCCUCUCCCCAAGUUCGAAGUGACAAUUCAGUCCGUGAAACUUCGAACAGGUGAGGCACUUGUUCCAUGAAGAGAUCUUGGAGGAGCUAGGGGAACCAUGACAGUCGUUCCCCUCAAAUCUUUACCUUUAGGCUUCCGCUUUCACCCAACCGACGAAGAGCUCGUUAACCACUACCUCAAAGGAAAAAUCACCGGCCGACUCCGUUCUGAGGUAGAAGUCAUUCCUGAGAUUGAUGUCUGCAAAUGCGAGCCGUGGGAACUCCCUGAUAAAUCUUUGAUCCAAUCCGAUGACCAUGAGUGGUUCUUCUUCGCGCCUAUUGACCGCAAGUACCCGAAUGGCCAUCGCUACAACCGGGCGACGGGGGCUGGUUACUGGAAGGCCACUGGUAAGGACAGGACCAUCCGGUCGCGGGCUGCGACACCUCUUCGAGUCAUCGGGAUGAAGAAAACCCUAGUCUUUCACUGCGGCCGAGCCCCAAAUGGAUUGCGUACGUGCUGGAUUAUGCAUGAGUAUAGGACUACCGAGCCGGAAUUUGAUUGCGGGGAACAGGGUGGUUAUAUGCUUUAUCGUUUAUUCAAGAAACAAGAAGGGAAAGGCUUAAAAUGUAAUGACGAUGACAUGGUGAAUCGAGGUUAUUCUCAGACCAACUCAAAGUCUUCCCCAGCUGAUAUAGAGGAUUGCUCAGCAACCGUUGAACAGUCCUCCACUGACCUUGAUUCCUGUGGUGAACAAUCUUUGAACCAAAUCAUUAAGGAGCAACCAGCAGCGAAGUUGAGGCGGCUUGCUGAGAAAGUUGAUUGCUCGAGGGAUUCAACUUGGGAACCAAAAGAUGGUCAUUGCAAUGCUUUUGCAAAUGUUGGUGUUGCUAACAAUAACGCUGAUGUCAUAGGACCAACAGUUGAUCCCUUGAUCAGUAUUGUAGAACAGUUCGGUGAACCCUACAACGAGCAAACAAUAGAGCAAAGUUUCCCCAAUGUGGAUUCUCCAAUCCCGUACUCGGACUGGUCAAUGUACAACAUGAGCUAUGAACCAGACCCUAUUGAUGAGGUGUUGAAAGCGAUGCUUGUCCGCCAGGACAAAGAUGGUGAAGAUGAUGCUCAACUUAUCCUUGCAGAUGAGUUACUAGCGAGGCCCAUUAUAGGAAAUUCUCAAGGUUUUGCAAGGGAGUCUGUGUCAAGCAGCGAGUUGGAAUCACAGAAGGGAGGUGCCUACACCGAGCUUAAGAACUUACAGGCUUCUAUUCCACAUAUUAACAGUUCUCAUGAAACUUCAGCAGCAGGACUGCGGUAUGCAGUGCUCUGUGAUCAAACUAUGUUUCCGCAAUAUGACUCAGUUGGCUAUGAUAUUUUCUCGACGAACUCCAAUGCAAUGUCACUUCAGGGUGAUUUUAUCGUGUCUAGUGACAGAAUCAUACAGGAGACAGUUACUGGCAAUUUUGAUGGCCCUAAUCUUACUGUAAACAGUAUUAGAAGUGAAUCGGCCAAGCAAUUGCAGUCCAAUAGCAUGGCAACAAAGCAGGGCCAGGCAAAGAGAAGGCUAAGAUUGCAGAAAAAAAUGUCUGUUGGAGUGCCACAAUCCCGUGAAGCAGAAUUAUCUAAUGGUAAUGGUGAUCACAGAAUGAAGAAGGAAAUUACAGAGAUGAUGGAGGAAUCACAAUUGGCUAUUGGUGAAGAAAAUGUUGAGAAGUUCAAGGAUAUAUCGAUUCAUGGUAAGGCUAAGCUGAGAUUGACUCCAAAAUUGAGUUAUGGAUCUUCUGGAACAUUAAAGAGCACUUCUUUCUCGCCAUCAAAUGUUUGGAAGGCUGGUUCUAUGAUUGCUUAUAUGAGGAGAUUGGCUUUGCUGGUCGUUCUUGCUUUACUAUUCGUUUUUUUAUGGAGAUCUGUUGCUGUUCAUGUUAUAUAGAUAUGCCUAAUAUUUUCGUGUAGUAUUUGUUGUGUUUAUGUGAAUAUUAGUAGCAUAGUCUCGUAAUGGAAAAUUUUUCUUCCAUUCAUUUGGCUAUUACCUGUUUUCAAGUUCCAUAAUUAUUGUGUAGAGUUCAGCCUGUAUCAAAUACAAAAUGAAUGGUUUGCAACCUGUUAAUGAUUUGUGUUCCUGUUGA